CUUUGUCGUUCAGUACUGGAGCUUUACCCCUAGGCAAUAGGCGGAACUACACAUUUUAACGAGAAUGGAUAUUGUUUUAUUACUCUGUUCCCCUGACAAAAGUAAUGAAAAAUGAUGGUGUUGACUGAGUCAUGCGCACUAGCAAUACACUCACACACAAAUAAAAAACGCAGCCCUGCCACUUGGACACCACUCUGUGAGCCUGCACACACAGCAAUGAUGAUCGCUCUGUGGCUUCUGUAUUCACUGGCUCUGAUGGCAGGUGGCGUCUCAAGUAUGAGCAAUUGUUCCUAUCAUCGUCUUCUAGAUCACCUGGGUCUGUCACAGAAAAGUGAGAGUUUAUCAAAUGUGCGGCCGGUGUGGAACUGGACAACACCUACGCCGGUUAUGGUGGACACUUAUCUAUAUGGUAUUUUGGAUGUGAAUGAGAAGUCCCAAACCUUCACCUCCCAUGUGAUGAUCUCAAUGGGCUGGGAGAAUGAACUGAUAUCGUGGGAACCCAAUGACUGGUGUGGGAUUGAGAGCGUAGCAGUUCCCAGAGACAUGCUGUGGAUACCAGAUGUAAUGAUCUUAGAGGACAUUUCUGAUACAGGCAGUAUCACAUUGAGCCCCUACACAGAGGUGGCCCACUCUGGCAUGGCCUAUGUGACAGAAAGCCGCCGGUUGACCACCACCUGCAAGAUGAAUCUUUUUAAGUUUCCCUUUGACACCCAGAACUGCAGCAUUACCUUUAUUUCCUUUAUGCUUAAAGGUAUAAAGUUGGGGCCCUUCUCCAACAGCAUUAUCAUGAGCCAAUUUUCCGAGAAGGUCAUGGUUACAUUGGGGGAAUGGGACUUCCUGGGCAUUAGGUUGUCCAUGGAAAAGCUCAUCUACGACAACAACAUUGUUUGGGACAAGCUGGUCUACAAGAUCAGCAUACGAAGAAGACCUCUUUUAUAUGUGAUCAACCUCCUACUACCACUCUUAUUUUUCCUCAUCCUGGACUUGGCCUCCUUUUUCAUUGAUGAGGCCAAGGGGGAAAAGCUGGGCUACAAAGUGACCAUACUCUUGUCCAUCUCUGUCUUACUGCUGAUUCUCAAUGACAUCCUGCCUUCCACAGCAGAUGACCUGCCACUCAUAGCUCUUUACUGCAUUGUAGUCUUUGCCCUCACGGGCCUCAGUCUCCUGGAGACCAUGCUGGUGAGCUUCCUGAUUGAUAUGGACAGCAGGGUUGAUCACGACAUCCAGACCUCUUCUAAGACCUUUGGGGAGACUCCGGAAGAGACCGACUGCCAAAGAGAGUCUCAGAGAGAUGCUGAGAUCAGCCUGGUGAAGGUUGAGGACAUUCCAAACAAGGAACUAAAUGGAGACUGGCUGAGCAACCCCCGCCUACUGCAGCGGAUCCUAGAGGUGCGGAACAUACGGCAGAAAUGGUUUUUUGCUAGCGUGAGAUGUGACAAGAAAAAGCCUGGGCACUGGGAGAGAGUGGGCCGACAAAUUGACCAGGCUUACUUUUGCCUUUAUCUCAUCACCACCAUUGGUUUUCUGGUAUUCACUUAUCAUCAGUGGCUUCAUUAGUUUUGCACUUUAUAAGGUGUGUGUAGAUCAUACAGUACGUAUGUCUUGGCGCUCUAGGCCCCUUGUGUUUUUAUUUAUUUCACCUUUAUUUAACCAGGUAUGCAAGUUGAGAACAAGUUCUCAUUUACAAUUGCGACCUGGCCAAGAUAAAGCAAAGCAGUUCGACACAUACAACAACACAGAGUUACACAUGGAGUAAAACUAACAUACAGUCAAUAAUACAGUAGAAAAAUAAGUCUAUAUACAAUGUGAGCAAGUGAGGUGAAGGCAAAAUAUAGGCUAUCUGCCAUAUUCUAGAAUAUAUAUUUAGCUAUACUCACAUACCUUGUGUUUGACCUUACAUUUUUAAGUUACUUGACCCGUGUGAUCUUCUUCUUCUUUCAAAUUGGUUGUACAUGGUGUCUGUAUCUGUAGAGUUGUCCUUCAUGAUAUUACUUUGUGGUUGAGUUUACAGAUAGUAAAUAAACUGCUAGUUUGCUUUACUCAUGUGUUUACUGUCCUUCAUAACAAAAAUAAAUCCCCCCAAACCAAAGUAGUACUUAACAUAUACUUUUUCCCAUGAUAUAAAGAAAACAACCUUUAUUCUACAUUUAGGAC